GAAGAUUUACUUGCAGUUUUUAUGCUGGAUCAAUAGUUGACCGGAGUGCGUAACGGUGAUGCGUAAAAGUAUUCAAAAAGAGCUAAAGUUUUAUCAGACGUAGACAAAAGUACUGGUACUGCUUUGGAAAGUAACUUUUUGAUUCCUGGGUAACUUUGUACCGGGUUUUUAUUUAUUUAUUUAUUUAAUCGCCGCUCAGCUGGACAUGGCGGAAGGAGACUUCUACACGAUGGGAAGCCGACAGAGGUUUCCGAGGGAUCCGUUCAGCGAGUCUCCGUUCAGAGACCAGUCCCCAUUCAGGGAUCAGCUCGCGACCCGGUUUAUGGAUGAUGACUUUGUGACUUUCCCCAACGAUCUGUCGAUGGACUGGCCGGGCUGGGCUCGGCCGGGCCCCCGGAUCAGCACGCGCCUCAGCCCGUCGCCUUUCUCCAGCACUUUACGCAACAGGGCUCUCCCCGCGUCAGUCCCGGGAGGUCCCGCGCUCUACACCAGCAGGUACAGCGAUCCCUCCUCCAGGAGCUCACCCACGACCACAGGUGGAGAACCGUGGAAAGUUUGCGUGAACGUACACAGCUUCGCGGCGGAGGGAAUUACACGUGAAACGAGAGACGGCUUCGUAGAAGUGUCAGGAAAACAUGAAGAGAAGCAGGAAGAAGGAGGCAUAGUGACAAAGAAUUUCACAAAGAAGAUACAGAUCCCGAUAGAUGUGGACCCUCUGACGGUCUUUGCCUCCUUGUCACCCGAGGGCGUCCUCAUUAUCGAAGCUCGACAAACGCCGCCAUAUUACCUCUUCAGCAGCGAGGGCUCCCAGGGAGGCGACACGCAGGAGGGGGAGGCCCUCAAGUACCAGGAGGCACCCAUGGUCUAAACAACACCUCACACACUCACAUAACAGAUAAUCCAGCACAAGCUUGAUAUGAAACGUGUGGCCUGAAGCUUUGCCGGAAAUAUUCACAUAUGUCAAAUUUCCUGUCAGGCACAGAUGCGUCCUGUUUGAUAGCUACAUUAAAGCUGCACUAGGCAAGAUUUUUUUUUUUCUGUAAAAAUCACACAUUUAAAUUUAAAACUCAGCUGCUGAUGUCCAUGGGGCUUGAUUUCAGAGAAUCUGCUUCCAGCGGCUGAUUAAAAUGUUCUUCUCCCUUUGGAGGGUUUCUGGGCAUGUCCAACUGGGAGGCCACCCAGAGGUAGACCCAAAACACACCGGACGGAUUACAUUUUCCAUCUGGCCGACAAAUGCCUCAGGCUCUCCCAGGAGAAGUGAGAAGAUGAGGCUCAGGAGAGGGAACGGCUGUUACCUUACUUAACCUGCUGCCACAAUACAGCACCAGUGGAAAAUGAAUUCAUCAGCGUGUGGUUUGGUUAAACAAGAAAUCCAAAAGUAUUUGAUGUUAGAUCAUUUUCAAACGUGGACAAAUUGUCCCAAAGCAGUUGUACUGUAUGUACUUUUUGCAGUUAAAUAGUGAUUCAUCAUACUAGGAUUUGAGCAACAGGAGUGUCUGUUCUUGUACAUCAACCCAGGUCCUGACAGUCGACCCCAGAAUAAUCCUUAAAGGGUUUGUUUUAGCAAAAGUCAAGGUUAUUGCAGUCAAAGGUCAAAAUUUUGGUUUUUACUCUGAUGCCCAGUCAAAACACAAGCAGAUGGAUUCUGGUGACGUCAAAUUUACCGAAGUUUAAUCACUGGAGUCAAGGUCAUUAGGGUCAAAGGUACAAUUUUAAGUAUUUCACUCUGAUUUGCACCGGACUUUCCACACAUAUGGUGAUGGAAUCUGGAAUUGCCUGCUCCUUCCAGGUCCUUUUACAGAUUUUGAACAAAUUUUGUAUGUAAAUGAAGAUUGCCUGCAAAAUUUCACUUAAAGAAUUCAUUGACAAAGGUCAAGGUCAAUGAAUUUCAUUUUCAUCUCAGUUUGGCCCAAGUGUGGGACACAAUUAGGUGGAUUCCAGAAUUGGUAAAGUCACCCAGACGUCAGUCAUUUAAAUGAAGCUCAGUGUCAUUGGG